GUCUGAAUAGAAACGAGCUAACAUGAAGAGGACAUGGGAGGAGAAGGUGCAGCGGAUUAACAGCUACAGCACAGUCAGACCUGAGCUUUAUGUGUAUAAUAACAUUAUUUUCUGAAGGGGAAGGAUACUGGCCUCCUACGGGUGCUCCGAGUGUUUGUCAGCCCCGGAGGGUGAGCAUCACCGCCUCAAUUCAUCAUCACACACCACCACUGAAGUAAGGCCAGGUCCGUGUCCUCGUGAAGAACCUUGUUGACUCCUGCGGUGGCGUGAAGCUCAGGAAAGAUGGCGUCCCCCUUCGUACCUGUCCCCGUGCCCAUGGACAGAGCCUUGUCAGGAGGAAGCAGCAAGCUCCGGCGGCCACAGCGAGCGUCAUCCCUCGGCAGCGUCUCCAGCAUCUCGGCCAGGGACGACCACGGAAGAGGAUCGGGUUCCCAUCGCCAGUCUCGCUGCAUGGAUAGAGGCAGUCGGAGCAGGACGCCACCGCCCCCACAGAGCCCUUCGACGCGGGCCAGGGUGAACGGGACUCUGGAGCCUUCUAUGGAGUACACCAGCUGCCCCCGCUCCAUAUCGGACCCUGCUGGGAGCCAGCAAGGAGAGGAGAGGCCUAUUACCCCCACCGUGCUGGGGUAUGAGGUCAUGGAGGAGAGGGCCAAGUUCACGGUAUUUAAAGUCCUGGUGAGGAAGACUCCAGAUGAGAGCUGGGUCGUGUUUAGAAGGUACACAGACUUCUCCAGACUCAACGACAAGCUGAAGGAGAUGUUCCCAGGCUUCCGCCUCUCGCUGCCUCCUAAGCGCUGGUUCAAAGACAACUAUGACAGCGACUUCCUGGAAGACAGACAGCUGGGACUACAGGCCUUUUUACAAAACUUGGUUGCACACAUGGAUAUUGCCAACUGCCUUCCAGUGAGAGAGUUUCUGUGUCUGGAUGACCCACCUGGGCCUUUUGAUAGUCUGGAGGAGAGCAGAGCAUUCUGUGAAACUCUGGAGGAGAGCAACUAUCGUCUCCAGAAGGAGCUGCUAGAGAAGCAGAAGGAAAUCUCCUCCCUGAAGAGGAGGCUGGAGGAGAAAGAGCAAGCCAUCCUGCUGCUGGAGAAGCAUAUCAAUGGCGAGAGUGUGAGCCCAGAGUUUCUGUGUGGUCUGUCAGCUCAGGGAAGUGAGAGCAGUGCAGAUGCAGAUGUGGAGUCGUCUGCUGCAGAGGCUGAUCAGGAUGUGACUGACGACACUGGCGGCAGAUGUGAGGUCCAACCAGUGCGAUCCUCCGCCUGCUGGUGUGGGCCGGCACUCAGCACCUCUCCUCCAGUCAUCCAGGUCACUCAGCUUUACCACAAGAAUCUGGAAAAAUAACAAUGCAACUGGUCCUCCACCAUUUCCCCCCUUUUUUUACUCCUCUCCUAUGAGACCACUAAAACUUCUAUAUGUUUGAGUGCUAUUCCAUAAGCUUUGUUUAUUUUUUCUGCCUUCUCAAUUUCCUUACCAUUCCCUCUUCCCAACACUACGCCCCUCCCCCCUGCAGAAAGUAGCCGCUGUUUCACCUUCCAGUCUCGGAGGUGGAUCUGAAGCAAUCUUUAUCUCAAAGAUCUGUGUUUAAGUUGAAAGUGAACCGUGCAGACUGUUCCACUUGUACAACCCUGACUCCAAAAAAGUUUGAAAAACAUAAACACAGAAUGCAAUCAUUUGCAAAUCCUUCACUAUCUAUGCUCAAUUGAAUACAGUACACAGACAAAAUAUUGUAUCUUAUUAUCAACAUGGUCUCACAGAAAUCCGUGAAAUAGCCACGGAUUUCCUUAACUCAAAAUCCGUGGAAUAG